AUGGCAGAGAACGACCAGCGAGCGGACCCCGUCACACCAAUCGCGGUCGUGGGCCUGAGUUUCCGUGGGCCCGGCGACGCCACGAGCCCCGAGAACCUGCUGCGCAUGGUAUCCGAGGGGCGCGAGAGUCGCUCCCAGAUUCCCGAGCAGAAAUGGAACGCCAGCGGCUUCUACCAUCCGGAUGCGAGCCGCUACGGGACACACAAUGUAGAAUACGGCCACUGGAUGACCCAAGACCCUUACACCUUUGAUGCGCCUUUUUUCAAUCUCUCCGCUGCUGAAGCCGCUGCGCUCGACCCUCAACAACGCAUGCUUCUAGAGUGCUCCUACGAAGCCUUUGAAAACUCCGGGACGCCUCUGUCCAGGGUAAUAGGUAGCUCGACCUCCGUUUUUGCGGCGUCGUUCGCAGCAGACUACACAGACAUGUUGUGGCGUGACCCGGAGAGCGUCCCAAUGUACCAGUGCACAAAUGCGGGGUUCUCGAGAGCGAAUCUGGCGAACAGAGUAAGCUAUUCGUUUGACUUACGAGGCCCAAGUAUCAUGGUAGAUACAGCGUGUUCGGGCGGGUUGACGGCGCUGCAUUUGGCGUGUCAGAGUCUGUGGACUGGGGAGGCGAGGCAGGCGAUUGCAGCGGGGUCGAGCUUGAUACUGGGCCCGGAGGUCAUGGUCACGAUGAGUAUGAUGAGGUUCUUAUCGCCAGACGGGAGAUGUUACGCAUUUGAUGAGCGUGCAAACGGCUAUGCUCGAGGCGAGGGCGUUGCCGUCUUGGUUCUCAAGCGACUCGACGACGCCAUUGCGGAUGGGGAUACCAUCCGAAGCAUCAUCCGCGGCACAGGCGCCAACCAGGACGGAAAAACGCCGGGGAUAACCAUGCCCAACGGUGUCUCUCAAGAAGCUCUAAUACGAUCGGUAUACGAGCGGACGGGCCUCGACCCAUUGGAUACAUCGUAUGUAGAAUGUCACGGGACAGGGACCCAAGCUGGCGACACAACUGAAACCGGCGCCAUAUCGAGAGUCUUCAGUGCCGGCCGACAGGAUCUACUUGCAAUUGGAUCCGUGAAGACUAAUGUCGGGCAUCUUGAGGGAGCCAGUGGACUCGCAGGCGUCAUCAAGUGUAUACUAAUGCUAGAGAACGGGGUUAUACUUCCAAAUCGGAACUUUGAGAAGCCCAAUCCGAAGAUCUCACUAAAAGAUUGGCAUCUCCAGGUGCCUACUACUAUCCAGCCCUGGGUGAGCUCGAAGACGCGUCGGGCAUCAGUCAAUAGUUUUGGCUAUGGCGGCGCCAACGUGCACGCCAUUCUUGAGAGUGCCGAAGACUUCUUGCGGCUUCGUGGCGUCGACCCACGUCGGUUCUCAAGAAAGUCUGCGCUUACCGUAAAGGAGAUCCAGGAGGCACUAGCGAUCAAACCUACCAACGGUGAUUCUGAGACCACGAGCAACACACUUCCCUUAUCAAAGGGUCCAUCUUUUUCCAACGGGCAGUCUCUCACCAACGGCCAUUCCUUGACCCACAGCGAAACCGUCACGAACGGCCAUUCCCUAGCCAGCGGACCUGCCGAGCCGGUUUACAGACCGCAGCUCUUCGUACUCUCGGCUUUUGACCCCGCAGCAGGCAAAGCAUGGGCAGAACAGCUCAGCGAAUAUGUCGCCCAGAGAAUAGACGUGGCAGAUAGCCAGCUUUUGGACAGCUUAGCCUUCACACUCUCCGACAGGCGAACCGUACACCCAUGGCGAGCCACUGUGACGGCUGCGUCGAGUGAUGAACUGGUAUCGCAGCUGAAAAAGGUCAAACUCGUCAACGUUCCACCAAAACAGAACCUCGGCUUUGUGUUCACGGGCCAGGGCGCUCAGUGGUGUGGCAUGGGUAAGGAGCUCAUCCAUGCUGUUCCGUUGUUCCGCAAGAGCCUCGAGAGAUGUAGUGACGCGCUGCAACGCAUUGGAGCACCGUUUCAUAUCAUUGACGAACUUGAACGGGAUUUCGAGAGUUCACAGGUCAACAAGGCGAUUUACAGUCAGCCUCUCUGUACGGCGUUGCAGAUCGCCCUGGUAGAUAUGCUUGCGUCUUGGGAUGUACAUCCCAGAUCCGUCACCGGACACUCGAGUGGAGAGAUUGCAGCAGCGUAUGCGGCAGGCGCACUUAGUCUGGAAGACGCCAUGCUGGUUGCGUACGAGAGAGGCUGCGCAACUCUCGAUCUGGCCAAAAAAGGCUUGAAGGGCGCCAUGACCGCAGUAGCCAUGGAGCGAGAUGAGCUUGUGCCUAUCUUGGCCGCUUUGAAGAAUGGCAAAGCAGUCAUAGCAUGCUCAAACAGCCCUUCCAGCUUUACGGUAUCCGGUGACAAGAGCGCUCUCGAUGAACUGCAACAGGUGCUUCGAGGGAAGGGUGCUUACAACCGAAGGUUGGUUGUAGAGGUUGCUUAUCAUUCCCACCACAUGGCCACCAUCGCAGACAACUACCGAAGUGCCAUCUCCAAGGUCGAGGUUCUGGACGGAAACCAUGACAUUACUGUCUUCUCCUCUGUGUCGGGCAAAGUGAUUGACAAGUCCAAGCUCGGAGUGGAGUACUGGGUCAACAAUCUUGUGGGCGAGGUGAAGUUCGCCCAAUCGUUGCGUCAGCUAGCGAGCCACACAGACAGCGAUGGCGCAUCUCACAUACAGACCUUGGUGGAGAUUGGUCCGCAUGCAGCGCUCGCCGGACCGAUCAAUCAAAUUCUCGAGGCAAUCGAUUUGCCCGCCGCAUCUUCUAUAGACUAUCUCUCGGUCUUGGUACGAAAGAAAGAUGCCAUGACUACGGCCCUGGCUUUUGCAUCUAACUUGUUCGUAUCUGGAUACGCCGUCAGACUCUCGGCGGUGAACCAAAAUGGCCAAAGCCAGAUUCCUCCGUUGAUCGAUCUGCCGCCCUAUGCAUGGAACCAUGCCAAGAGCUACACUGCAGAGUCGAGGAUUAGCAGAGCAUACCGCAACCGAAAAUACCCUAGAAGGGACCUCAUUGGUGUGUUCGACGUUCAUUCUAGCGCCUUGGAACCGCGCUGGCGUCAGAUAGUUCGCCUUUCAGAGACACCCUGGUUGAAGGACCACAUGAUCCAGUCCUCGAUCGUGUACCCAGCGGCAGGAUAUCUUGCCAUGGCCAUGGAGGCAGCCGCGCAGCGGGCCUUGAUGAGAAAGGCGGGAACCAUAAUUGAGGGCUACCAGUUCCGCGAAGUGGUCAUAAGCUCUAGUCUUAUCAUCCCAGAGACACCUGGUGAAGUUGAGGUCGUCAUAAGUAUCAAGGCUUACUCCGAGAGCAUGCGAACGCCGUCCAACCUUUGGGACGAAUUUUGCAUUUCAUCCGUUUCCAGCGACGAUCGAUGGACGGAACACUGCCGCGGCCUCAUUUCAGUGCAGUCGCCAUCCAAAUCGACCAAUCCUGUCAACGGUCAAGCGCAGGAAUCGGCAAGUCUCGCAGCACACCAAGCAUUGGUUGAAAAAUUUGAGGAUGUUUGCCAAACAACGUGGAACGCAGAAGAGUUGUAUGAGCGUCUCUCGAAAAUUGGGAUGCAUUAUGGCCCAGCAUUCGCCAACCUUGACAGCUUACGCUGCGCGCCUGGUUAUUGUAUUGGCAACCUGACAGUUCCUGAUACAGCAGCGGUCAUGCCAAUGCACUACGAGCAAGUCGAUGUCGUUCAUCCGGGAGCGCUGGACAGCAUAUUUCAGACCUAUCUGCCAGCAUUAGCAACAGACCCAGGUCGAAUGUAUGAUGCUAUCGUCCCCGUCUCGAUUGAGGAUAUGUUCAUUGCUCAUGGCCUGAAGGGGCAACCAGGGAACAGGUUUGUGUCCUACACAUCGACCUCUCGUAAAGAUUACCGCUUCAGCUCCGCGAGCAUGACUGUCUUUGAGGGCCAGUAUACGCCAGGGACCAAACCAGUGAUUCGUAUAGGCGAGAUGACCCUAGCGUCUCUGGACCGUGAAGAGAGCAGCGAGGGCGACGGCGAGGUCCCACCACGUGCAUAUAACGUCAAGUGGGCGCCUGAUGUAGAUUUGCUGACACAGAAGCAACUUACUGACCUAUGUUCUGCCCCGACGGCGGCGAUGGACACCAAAGGCACAAGCCAAGAGAUCGAUCGAGCUGUUGUACAGCUGCUCCGCGGUGUACUUGCGAAGAUUCCCGAGCAGCGAUCGGAGGAAGCCGGAAAGUACGCGCACGAUCUCUGGAAGCUGGUCAGCGCUCAGGUAGAGCUUCACACUGCCCAUCACGAGGAUUCGGGCUAUUGUUCGCCUGGAGAGUUCAGCACCACCAUAACACGGGCUGCUAGCGCACUACCAAAGCUAUUAGUCGGUGAGUUGACGGCCGCUGACUUCACUCAAACGUAUGGUCUAGCAGCUCUUGCCGCGACCCCAGGACUCUUCGUAAACAAUCGGUCUGUGGCAGCUUAUAUCCAGCUCUUGGCCCACAAGAAGCCAAGCCUAGCUGUACUGACGGUAGGACCACAAUCGGGUCCCGCGUCAUUGAAUUUGUUGUCGCUGCUGUCUGAAAUGGGUGACGGAAACGCACCUUUUGCGACGUUCCACCACAGCGACACGGAACUCUCCAUCCAGGAGAGUGCAAAGACCAGAUUCCCUACAUGGGCACACUCGAUUGGCUUCCGAGACGUGAUGGAACAAGGCGGCGUGCCAGAAAGCACGUCCAGAGGCAUCGACAACACAUACGACGUGGUGAUUGCGUUCAACACUCUAGGCUCGAGCGCACAACUGUCCAAGACGCUGUUGGCAACCUCAACACUACUGACAUACGGAGGUAGCCUUGUGCUCGCGAACCAUGCGCCAACAUCGCCACUUGCCACGCUGCUAUGGGGCCCUCUUCCCAGUUUCUUGUCGAGCCAAGUCAACGUUGCUUCGCCGAAAUCCAUGGAGGAGGUGCAAGAUAUAGCGCAUGGCAUGGGGUACAAGACACGCAUAACGUUAUCAGAAGAGGUUCUGAUUGUCCAGCGGGCCACUGAGGAACCUGAAGCUGAAGCUGAGGCGGAGUCCAGGAAGAGGGUAGACGUGCUCAUCGUGGCCGAAAAAGAGGCAAAAGGCAUCGACUUGAAGCAGCUGCGAAGUCUCUGCGAAGAGAUGGGUUCUGCGACCGAUGUGGUAUCUUUUGAAGAGGCACGUCCUCGACCCGGACAAGCAUGCAUCGUGCUGAGCGAGCUGAGCAGAGCAGUGCUGGUGGAGCCCAGCACAGCCGAGUGGGAGGCGCUGAAGCACAUGGCGCACAAUAGCGCAGGCUUCGUGUGGGUAACGCGAGGCGCAGGCAGCGAUGCGUGUGCGGACCCGCAGGCAGCGCUGAUACAAGGCCUUGCACGUACUAUUCGCGCCGAGGUGGGCGAAGGGCCAAUUGUCACGCUGGACCUCGAGAGCGUCGAGGGCGCUGCUGCGGCUGCACACAUUGCUCAUGUCUUUAGGCGGCGCGUGUUGGACGCGGUUGCGGACGACGAUGUGGAGCUGGCGGAGCUGGGCGGAAUCUUGCAUGUGCCAAGAAUGAUGGAAGACGCGGAUGCAACGGAGCAGCUGGUGGGGCGGGUGGGGCGGGCCAAGCAAGGGCGCACGGCCAUGCCCGUGGCGCUGGACAAGGUAGGGGCGGCCCGCCUUUUUGCAGGGAUGCCGGGGCUACUGGACACGCUCCACUUUGCGGCGGACGAACGCGUGCGAGGCGCGCUCGCGGCCGGCUGCGUCGAGAUCCGGGUCAAGGCGGCGGGCAUCAAUUUCAAGGACGUGAUGAUGGCUAUGGGUCAGAUUCCGGUCGAAGAUCUUGGGUGCGAGAGCAGUGGCAUUAUCACGGCUGUGGGCAGCGCGGUCGAGGGACUGCAGGUCGGCGACCGCGUCGUGUGCAUGGGGUCGGGCUCCUUCUGCACGCAGCUUCGGCUCGAUGCGCGAUUGGUGCACCGCAUUCCGGACUCGCUGUCGCUCGAGACGGCUGCGGCGCUCCCGAUUACGUACGUGACGGCGUUCCACUCGGUCUACCACAUCGCGCGCCUUCAGGCAGGCGAGACGAUUCUGGUGCACGCGGCGACGGGCGGGCUGGGCCAGGCGGUCGUCGAACUCAGCCAACUGGUGGGCGCCGUGGUGCUGGUGACCGUGGGCAGUGCGGAGAAGAAGCGGCUGAUGCAGGAGCGGUUUGGCCUAGCGGCCGAGCACAUACUGUUCAGCCGCAGCACGGGGUUUGCGGGUGACGUCAUGAGGCUCACGGCGGGCCGCGGCGUAGAUGUCGUGGUCAACUCACUGGCCGGCGAGGCGCUGCGUCAGUCGUGGAGCUGCAUCGCGCCCAACGGCCGCUUCGUCGAGCUGGGCCAGCGUGACAUUACCGUCAAUGCGCGGCUCGACAUGGGCGUGUUUGCGCGCAACGCCUCCUUCACCGCGUACAACCUGGCGUAUGCGCUCAAGGAGGACCCCCAGGCGGCGCGCGACAUUCUGGGCAAGGUGCUGGCCCUGUACGAGCAUGGCGCGUUGCGAGGUCCGCACCCGCUCGAGACGGUUCCCUUUUCGCAGCUCGGCCAGACGUUCCGGAAGAUGCAGACGGGCCUCCACGUGGGCAAGCUGGUUGCUGUGGUGGAGCCGGGCGACACGGUCAACUACCACGAUGAUGAUGAUGAUGAUGAUGACGAUGAUGAUGACGAUGACGACGACAACAACAACAACAACAAAAACAACAACAACAACGACGGCGAAAACAACAACGGCGAAAACAACAACAACAACAACAACGAAAACAAAAACAACAACGACACCAUCACCAGGCAUCGCCCUGGCCUGGGCCUGUUCCGCCCCGACGCAACCUACCUGCUCGUUGGCGGCCUUGGCGGGCUGGGUCGCGCGACGGCGUUGUGGAUGGCGUCGCGGGGUGCUCGCCAUUUGCUGCUGCUGAGCCGGUCCGGGCGCGACGGCGAGGGCCAAGAGUCGCUUGUCGGCGCGCUCGCCGCGGCCGGCUGCACGGCUACCGUGGCCGGGUGCGACAUUGCAGAUGCGGCUAGGCUCGGCUCGGUGCUGGCGGCCGCUCGCGCCACGAUGCCGCCCGUCCGUGGCGUGAUCCAGGGCGCCAUGGUGCUGCGCGAUGGCUUGCUGGCCAACAUGGCCCUGGACGACUGGCUGCACGUCCUGCGGCCAAAGGUGCACGGCACCUGGAACCUGCAUGCCUGUCUCCCCGCCGACCUGGACUUCUUCGUCCUCGAAUCCUCCAUCAGCGGCAUCGUGGGCAACACCUCCCAGGCUGCCUAUGCCGCCGCAAACACCUUCCUCGACGCCUUUGCCCGCUACAGGCGCUCGCGCGGCCUGCCUGCAACCACCGUCGACAUUGGCGCCGUCGACGGCAUCGGCUACCUGGCCCGCAACCAGCACUUGAAGCAGGCCAUGGAGCGCCAAGGAUUCGACUUCACCCAUGCCGACCGUCUGAUGCGCCUCCUGCACUUUGCCAUAGCCCACUCCCUGCGCCACCCCUGCCGCGCCCACAUCGUCACUGGCCUGGGCGCCUGGCAUCCCGACGGCGCUCUCCCUGCUCUCCGCGCACCCCUCUUCUCACGCUAUCGCCUCCUGUCUGCGAGGGGGUCCUCCACCGCAGACUCCACCGACACGCUGCGCAACGCCAUCAAGCAAUCCACUACUCUUUCCGCUGCCGUCGCUGCCAUUUUGGCUGCCUUGGUCGCUUACAUUGUCGACCGCACCGGCAUCCCCCACGAGAAUGUAAGCACCGCUCGCGGCCUGCACGACUACGGCAUCGACUCGCUGGUCGCCGUCGAGCUCAGGAACUGGAUCGCAAAGGACAUGGACGCCGUCGUGCCCAUCCUCGAGCUGCUCGGCGCAGACUCGCUGGCUGCCUUGGCCGCAAAGAUAGCUGCUCGGAGCAGGUUGAUUCUGACCACCACUGCAGGAACGUAG